UGCCAGGUGAGGUUGAGGAAAAAAGAAUAAAGGACAGUACGGCAGCCAAAAGGUUGGCUAACAAGGUUUUGGCGGGGAACACGUCUAUUAAGGCACAAGAAUUAGAGGACAGGUUAAAAGAUGGUGAGUUUAACGAUUCAGAGACGUUCAAACUAUGCUUGGUAUUGUUCUUACAUUCGAUCCUAAUGGCUGGUGACUCAACAAAAGCCGUUGAUAUUGAUUGGGUGAAGUUUGUAAGCAACUUAAACUUCUUUAAUGCUUAUCCGUGGGGACGGGUAUCAUUUAAGCGAACUAUGAAGUCCCUACAGGCAAAAGACCUAGCGUUAAAGCACUCCCAAUGGGCUGAGAAGAAUCGAGCGGCCACGUACACUUUGUUUGGCUUCCCAUGGGCAAUGCAGGCUUGGAUGUAUGAGGUCAUCCUUGUCUUGGCUAAGGCAGGGGGGAGGAUUACGACUUCGGUUGUGCAACAGACAUUUCCUAGGAUGUUGCGGUGGCACGAUCAGAAGUGUACCCAUUGGGAUUAUAAGCAAAUAGAGAUUGAAAUUCAAUCAGCUCGGGGGGUUGUCUAUCCCUUCCUCACCGCUACUGGGGGUGAAGCGCAACAUCAUUAUGUCACAUCUUUUCGAGCACUAGCGGAUCAAAGGGAUGAAGGGAUAGACCGCCUGACGCGGGACCUACAAGGGGUCACACAUGUGAGGGCAGUUGCAGGGCCACUGCCUAAGAAUGUGGUUGACCCCGAGGAGGAUGAAGCCACAAUCGAUGGGAGGGAGGAGGAAGGGAGGGAGGAAGAGGUUCGUAUGCCUCAGCAAACCGGUACAACAAGUACCGCUUUGCCGAGGCGUCGGGGUCGGGAGAGUGAAGUGGUUGACCUCAUAAACAGUUUGUUUGAUAGUUUUACAAUAGCUGUUUAUGGCAGGUUUGAUAAGAUGGAAGAGCGGUUGAAAAUGGUGGAGGAGAAAGUGGAUAAGGUGACAAAGAAAGUUGUUAGGGUGGAGGAGGAAGUUGGUAGGGUGUAGGAAGAAGUUGGUGGAGUAUUGAAGGCGGUUGAAGUGUAACCUGGGCUAAAAAGAGAGUCGAAAAAGCAGGUUUGUGAAAUCAUUUUACACCGUAUUAACACGUGAAAUUAAGAGGAAAACAAAGAAAUAAAUUGAGGAAGAAGCCAAAAUUGAGGGGGUUAAAGAGGUUGGUGGAGGAAGUAGGGCAGUUAUAAUGGAGGAGGUUGAGGCAGGAGGCGAAGGAAGCGGGGAUGUACAAAUGGAGGAAGGGGGAGGAAGCGGGUAAACAAAAAUAGAGUCCACUGUCAAUUUGUAUAGGCCCAUAGAGAAGGAAAAGAGAAAACCCUUCUAUACCUAUUACAAUGAAUUCGGAAGUGAUGCCCUUGUAAAGUGUAAGAUCGAGGAUUAUUCUUGGGAUUGGUUUGAAAAGAUUUUGACGAUGGGUAGCUGGCUUCAUGACUCGCACAUCGAUGAGGUAUUGGCACUAAAGAGGCUGCGACAAACCAACAAUGGUGAUCUACUGUAUCCCAAUUGUGCCAUCACCGAUGUGGCAUUUGGCCAAAUGCUAGUAUCGACAUAUCGCAAUUUAUUGAAAAAGGCCAUUGGUACAUCUGUAGCAAAAGGAGGCAAGCGAAAACGAUCAGGCACAGAAGACUUGGACUGCGUCCCUAAUGAUUUUAAGUUUGAUGACAAGAUGAUGCAAUAUGUAAUGGGUGACAGGCCCAAAUAUGGUCACAGUUGGGCAAAGGUUAAAAGUGUCUAUUGCAUCAUCAUGGUCAAGGAAAUGCACUGGAUAGCAGUCGUCGCGCUCUUAAAGGAGAGGUUGCUAAAGAUCCUUGACUGCAACCCAAUAAUCUAUCGAGACAGGCAGUUGGAGGCCGAGUUGGAACCAUUGUCCGUGUUAUUCCCGCGGCUGUUACACGACAGCGGGAUGUUUGAGCACCUUGGUGGUGAAGCAUUGAUAGGAAAGUUGCCACUCAAGCGCGUUCUCGUCCCAACAAAUAAGUCAAGUGCUGAUUGUGGAGCAUAUGCCCUGAAAUUUAUUCAGUUCGACAUGACCAACACCCCGAUGGACGGAUUGAAUGACGAAACAAUGACCAUCUUUCGGGAGCGCUGGGCUGUUGAGUGCUUCCAUGGGGAAAUGGAUCUGUUUUGAGUGACCACAAACCAAUCAAAAGGUUUGGAACUUGGACUUUGAAUUUUGUAAUUUAUGUAAUAAUGUUGAUACUUGGGUUGUGGUACUGAUGCUGCAGGUGUCAUGCUUAUACAGAGCUUUACCAAAAUAAAUGGACUCAGUGAACUUUUCAAUCUUGCACUCCAUAACUUGGGUUCGUGAAGAGAGAAAAUUUUACUCCCCGGACAUCCCAACUUUCCAUUUAACAAAUUGGCCCUGAAAAACUUUUUGUUUUUUUAUUUUUUAUUUUUUAUUUAGAAAAGCUGACAUGGCUGCAAGUGUGCUUGAUAAUUUUGCAGGUUGUUGGUAAACAAUGAGAGGGAACUUCUCAAACUGGCUUGGGUUGUUAGAGUAGGAUGCUAGCAAGGCAUCUGCAAUCAAGGCUAGUGGCCAGAAGGAGGCAUCUGUAAUCAAGGCUGUUGGCAAGGCAUGGUACCAAACAAUGAUCUUGGAUAGUGAUUAUACCGAAUUUAAAAACUUCUCAAAGUGGCGGCAUCUGCAAUCAAGGCUGCUGGUAAGGCAUGGUACCAAACAAUGAUCUCAGAUAGUGAUUAUAUCGAAUUCUAAAACUUGUCAAAGUGGCUUAGGAUUUAUUCUGUUUUAGCACUAUUAUGAAUGAUUUUAAAUUUAAACUUUCAAUUACA